UUCGCUGACAUUCUGUUGUUUAAGUUCGACGAACAAAUCGUUCAACAAGCAGCAAUCGCUCUGAUCAAGAAAGACGUUAUUCCGUUUUGCUAUCGCGUUUUAGAUGUGAUGCUCGGCUUUUGGAAUUCAUACACUGAGGAGAAGAGCGGACCAAGCGGUAUUUUGACGGUGAGGACAUCUGCCACUCUGCCUGACUUCUCUCCUUUCUUUCUGAAGCAGUACGUCCGAGAACAUUUCUUGGAUAUUUUCGAGAGUUAUCAGCAGCUAAUUACUGAAAUGGCACUUCGCCUACCUUAUCAGCUUCUCAUGUUAAUAUGCGGUUCGAAAGAAAACUACCGAAUGGUGAGAGAUGUGAACACAUGUGGUUUCCAUAUCCGGGCUGUGCUCCUGCUGUACAAGAGGUUCUUGUCCCCAUCAGCGAGUACAUCAUCAAUAUCCCCAUCGCCGCCGAAUUACUCUUUUCUGAACGAAAUGGUACAGCAUCUGAAAACCUGUAUCGAAAUAGCGUCCAGUCGAAUCGGCAGCUGGCAGCAGUAUUGUGCACAAAAUCUGGACUACGAAAAGUUUCAAUUUUCUCGAGCAGCUGCACAAACCAUCGCCGAGUUCAUGUUCGCACCGUCGAAAUUGCCGUUAAUGACGAAAUUCCUGAAACGCUUCCUACUCGAAUGCAAUACUUCCGAACGGCGUUGGCAAACGCACUAUUUGAUGCAGUCAAUUUUUGAUUUAGUACAGCCAGAAACGAAGACAGAGAUCUAUCAGCUAUUCUGGAACAAGCUUUGGCCAGAAGCUAUUCAUUACGGUCGAAAAUCAAUUCAACUUGUCGAUUUGCUUGGACACUUCUCCACCAUACUUCCUAACGCCGUUGACGUCAUGAAACUGGCAACCUUGAAGAUGGAUGCGUUGUUUACGACAACGUGUCACAUCAUUAAGCUUAUUUCCAGUCACGAGAUUUUUAAAAUCAUCUUGAAGAUAUCUGAUAUCCGUCGCACGAAAAUGGUCAAAAAGAUCAACGUUUAUUAUAGCAACAAAACUGUCGCGUCGGCCGUAGAGCUGAAAGUCAGGUUGGUGUUAUUGCAUCAGUGGUCAUUGGCGAAGCGCUGUGAUAUUGCCCAUGGUCAGACGGAGGUUCGAGUGGAAUUCGCUGUGCCCUUCGUCGCGUGCAAUCUAAAACUUGAAUAUGCCGAUUUCUAUGAUACGACACCCUCGAUCAGUGAAAGUCUUCAUUGCCCACGAUGUACAGCCUCUGUCCAACCUAAUCCUGGAAUAUGCAGUAACUGCGGCGAAAACGUCUACCAGUGUCACAAAUGCAGGUGA